AUGAUUCUUCUCAGCAUUAGAAAGGUUAAGAUCGAUCCUAAUUUAGUAAUCAAGGAAGGACUUCAAAAUUCGGAGGGGCCAGCGAUUAUUCAUCUCAAUAACCAGAUAGCCCAGAUGCACUACAGCCUCUAUCAGACAACAACUAGUGCCGUACGGGACAGUCUUUUGAUCGGACGGCUGCAGGGCGAAUGCGAGCGACUUCAAACGCUGCUUGAUGAGUCCAAAUCCAACGAGGAAACAUACCGGCAGCAAUUAAACCAGGUGUCGGCUGCACACUCCAACGCGCUACACGAGCUGCAGGCGCAGCACGGCAUCAACGCUCGGUUGGCCUCUGACCUACGUAAUGCGCGUGCUGGUGAAAUUGCCGCACAGCAAGCUCAUAAUGCGAUAUCCGCCGAACUCAACCGAGUCUUGAAACGAUUCCAAUAUAUGGACAGUCUCGUUGACACGAUGCGGCUGGAGGAGGAUAGAUCGCUUGAUCCUCAGAACCGGUCCCGUCAGAUUACCGAUAUCAUCCGUGACAUUGAAUCCAGGUUAGAAGCAGAGUAUCAAGGUAAACUUCUGGAGAGAGAUACACGAAUUGCAAGUUUGGAAGAGCCUGUGACGGAGGAAGACAACACUAUUCCAAGAGUACGAAGCGCACCGCCUUUUCAUCUUAUUUUACCUGCUCCAGACGCAUCUCUGUGA